ACGCGGGUACACAGAGAGAACCAGCUCCCGUCGGAGGCCGAGUCGUCGCGGCGGUCGCCCCCUCGGCGUUCUCGCAGGCCGGGCUCUCACCGGCCGCGUCGCCGCCGGGCUUGUCGCCAUGAGUCAGAGGCAGGUGUUGCAAGUGUUCGAGCAGUACCAGAAAGCCCGGACCCAGUUCGUGCAGAUGGUGGCGGAGCUGGCGACCAGACCCCAAAACAUCGAGACGCUGCAGAACGCGGGUGUGAUGUCUUUGCUGAGGCCUCUCCUUCUAGACGUGGUCCCAACAAUUCAACAGACGGCCGCGCUGGCUCUUGGGAGACUGGCUAAUUAUAACGACGACCUGGCAGAAGCAGUUGUGAAGGGCGACAUUCUUCCACAGCUUGUUUACUCGUUGGCAGAACAGAACCGUUUUUACAAGAAAGCAGCGGCCUUUGUGUUACAGGCCGUGGGCAAGCACUCCCCUCAGCUGGCUCAGGCGAUUGUGGAUUGCGGCGCCCUGGACACGCUGGUGAUCUGCCUGGAAGACUUUGACCCUGGAGUCAAGGAGGCCGCAGCCUCGGCGCUGGGAUUCAUCGCAAGACAUAAUGCAGAACUGUCACAAGCUGUGGUGGACGCGGGAGCAGUCCCUCUGUUAGUGCUCUGUAUCCAGGAGCCAGAAAUUGCUUUGAAAAGGAUUGCGGCCUCGGCCCUCAGUGAUAUUUCAAAGCAUUCUCCAGAGUUAGCGCAGACCGUGGUGGACGCGGGGGCGAUCGCUCACUUAGCCCAGAUGAUCCUGAACCCGGACUCCAAAUUAAAGCGUCAGAUCCUUUCAGCUCUGAGUCAGAUCGCCAAGCACUCUGUGGACCUGGCGGAGAUGGUGGUGGAGGCAGAGAUUUUCCCAGUUGUCCUCACCUGCCUGAAGGACAAAGACGAAUAUGUGAAGAAAAAUGCUUCGACUUUAAUUAGAGAGAUUGCAAAACAUACACCGGAGCUUUCCCAGCUGGUUGUUAACGCAGGAGGCGUGGCGGCCGUGACGGACUGCAUCGGGUCCUGCAAGGGAAACAUCAGGCUGCCUGGCAUCAUGAUGCUCGGCUACGUGGCGGCUCACUCUGAGAACCUGGCGAUGGCAGUGAUCAUUUCCAAGGGUGUGCCUCAGUUGUCGCUCUGCCUGGCGGAGGAGCCGGAAGAUCAUAUCAAGGCCGCCGCCGCCUGGGCCUUAGGACAGAUCGGGAGACACACCCCGGAGCACGCGCGGGCCGUCGCCGUCACAAACACGCUGCCCGUUCUGCUCUCGCUCUACCUGUCCGCGGAGAGUUCGGAGGACCUGCAGAUCAAAAGUAAAAAAGCCAUAAAGAGUAUCCUACAAAAAUGCACCUAUUUACCGGCCCUGGAGCCGUUUCUCUAUGAUGCGCCUCCCAAUAUUCUGAAGCACGUGGUUGGACAGUUCAGUAAGGUCCUGCCGCACGACAGCAAAGCGCGACGGCUUUUUGUAACCAGCGGCGGGCUGAAGAAGGUUCAGGAGAUAAAAGCCGAGCCCGGCUCCCUCCUUCAAGAGUACAUCAACACCAUUAACAACUGUUACCCGGAGGAGAUAGUAAGGUAUUAUUCCCCUGGAUAUUCAGAAACACUUCUGCAGAGAGUGGACAGUUACCAACCACUUAUUAACUAAGCCAAGCUCUGUUUUUAUACGCUAAUUCACAACAGAGUAUUAUGAAUGAUAGCUGUUAAAGUUCUUUCCAAAUACUUGAACUAAGUACAUUCUAGAUUUAUUCAGUGUGAAAUACCUUUGGAUAAUAUUUUCUAAAUUUAUGCAAAGAAAAUUAGUGGCCUGAAUAAAUGCAAAUUGUUCAUGUGCACAGGAUUUGCUCUAAGGGUGAAUUGUAAGAAGACACUGAAGGGGCUAAGGCAUUUGUUCUGUAAACACCAGUUCGCAAACACACACACCUCCAACUAGACAUAGAUGAACAAUGACGUUGAAAACCCUUGGUUAUUUUGGCCAGUUCCUCGUAGACACAGGCAAGGAACACUGGCCUAGCACAUUCCCCAGGAGGACAUCGGAGGGAAAUGUCAAAAGAGGAAAUUGAUAACAGAAGUACAAGGCACUUGAGACUCUGAUGCUCUUUAUAUAAAUGCAUUAACCCAACAUUUGGAAUCUCUGGAUAACCUGUCAGAUUUUCCUAACCAGGAAGCUCUCCUCCUCUUGAUGCCAAAUUUUCUAAGCUCUUUUCUCACCUCACCGAAAUGGUUCCUUAUCUUUCAUGGGGCUGGAGAGGAAGGGAGUCACUUUAGGCAUUUUUUUCCCUGCAGACAUGCUUCCCAUUUCAUUGAAAGGUUCCUGAGUCCAACCCUGCUCAUAAAUAACAAAGGAAGCAGGCAAGUGGGUCCUUAGCAUACCCUGUCAUAGCUUCACUUUCCCAAGUUCUAAAAGCACAUUUCCAGGGAUUUAAGAAAUAGUGUAAAAAGACCACCACCAGGCUUGGACUUUGCAUGAAUUUACACUUAAGGUGCAGAAAGUGGGUAAGAGGGAGUUUCAAUUAAAUUUUAAAUAAAAGCAACAGUAGAAUUGUC